CUUUUCAUGCAUAAGAAUGCUCUUGCAGUUUCUGGUGAUAAACAAUUUCAUAUUUUUGAAAUAAUGUUCCUAGCAGUGGAAAAUACUCGUUCUGAUACAAUACUGGAGUUUGUUUCUUCUUCAUCUUCAGGUAAUAUAAAGUAUCGAUUUAAUUCUGAAGAUG